AUGGCCCAUAGAUAUGCUUCUGAAGCACUUAACAGAUUACUAAAAGAUCUUAUAAAGGCUAUAAAUCCAGUAUUAGAAGAUCACCUGUUUGGAGAUAAGGUUGUUAUAUUUGAGAGUGACUUUCACCAAAUUCUUUCUGUAAUAUUAAAAGGUGGUUAUGAAGAAAUUGUGAUUGAUAUUAUUAAUUCUACUAUUAUAAAUCAAUUUUUAGGAAAUCCAACUGAAUAUCUUAAUGCUGAUAUACUUGAAGACCACAAUAAAACUCCCAAUCUGUAUCCUACUGAAUUUCUUAAUUCUUUAUCUAUCACAGAUGGUCUUUGUAAUGGAACUAGAUUGAUCUGCUAUUCUAUUUUGAAACAUGUUAUUGAUGCUGAAAUAAUUACUGAAAAGCAUUCUGGAACCU